AAUUUACCCAUGAAAAAAGAAAAAAAACCGUCCCUCGCUCCCCCACUCCCCCACUUCCAUCAUCUUAUUGAAAAACCCUCACAAACCCUCACUCGCUCUACUACUUCCACCGUCUUCUUCUACCAGACCAUCUUCUUCCAACUACGAACGGUUACUGUUCAAAAGGUCGCCCCCUUCUCCUCUCUUCUUUUUUCGAUCAUGGCGGAAGUGACAGCAGCCGAGGCGGCUGUAAGCAAUCCAGAGCCGGUCGUCUCAGCCGGCGCAGACAUGGAGAUUUCCGAAUCGAACGAAGGAGGGAAGCGAGCCAGGGAGGUGCAGGAAGGUGCGAACGGCGAUGACACCAAGAAGCAGAAGGUGGAGAAGUCAGCGGAAGGAGAAAAUGAGGGAUCAGCAGCAGCAGGAGAAGAAGAAAAAGUUGGGGGAGAGUCUUCCGAGGAAGUGGUUGUCAGCUUGGGUCCGAAGAAAUUCGGAACUGCCACUCAGAUGUUUGAUUAUUUCUUCAAGUUGCUUCACGCUUGGCCGAGCAAUUUGGAUUUGAACAAGUAUGAGCACUUGGUUUUGAUGGAAUUGCUGAAGAAGGGUCAUCAAGAGUCGGAGGAAAAGAUUGGUUCUGGGGUCCGAUCUUUUCAAAUUCGAGGUCACCCGAUGUGGAAGAGUCAGUGCUUCUUCCUUGUCAGGGAAGAUGAUUCUGUGGAGGAUUUCAGCUUCAGGAAGUGUGUUGACAACAUUCUUCCCUUGCCGGAGGAAUUGAAAGGACAUGGUGGUGGCGGUGGUAAAGGUCACGGAGGCAAAGGUGGUGGUGGUGGUGGAGGAAGAGGCGGACGAGGUCGAGGCCGCGGGCGUGGGCGUGGAAAGAAGUGGUAAAUCAAGAACCAGCAAACUAAAUUUAAGGUUGGGGUUACCUUUAAUUUUCUUUUCGUAAAGCUGGUCAGGUAGUUUGUGUUGGUAUUAACAUUAUAGGUUUCAAUUUGUAAGCUUUUGCAUGUAUUUCUCUAGAUGAACAUUAUAAUGCUAUUUACGAACGUUGUGUUGGCUUGAAGUUGAUAUUUCAUUGAAGGUUGUUUCUGAUUUUCAUGUCUAUUCGACGGAUGUCUUUUUGGAUACUGUUGUUGCUAUGUUUCUAGCCAGUUAGUAGCUCAUGGCUCAUGCUUAUUUCUUC